GGUGCUGGGGACUUGCAGAAGUCACUGUGUAAGGGGGUCAGCAAUACUUGCUGCAGGACUGCUGUAGUUGGGAUGUGUGGCUCUAGAAGGUGGAAGCUUAUUCAAUGGGAGUGUUUCUUGGCACCUGUGUAAAGUGUUUCCGGGAGUUUUCUCACUGACAUCAUUGCCUUGAUUCAGGGAUAUAUUUCUACCUCCUAGGCAAAGAGGAGCACAAAAAGAAAGCUCCAGUUAACUCUUUACGGCUGCGUUCAGUUGAGAUCCUCUGUCCUGGAUGUGACUUUCUGUUUCCUCAGGCUUCCAUGAUGUUUGCCCAGUGCAGCCCCAGGUGUGCGAGCUCCGUGCUGCUGCUGGUGCUGCUCUGCUGCAUACUUCCUCCUCCGGCACUAGGCAGCAAGAGCUCAGAGGACAUCCGCUGCAAGUGCAUCUGCCCCCCGUACCGGAACAUCAGCGGGCACAUUUACAACAAGAAUGUGUCACAGAAGGACUGCAACUGCCUGCAUGUUGUGGAGCCAAUGCCAGUGCCAGGGAAUGAUGUGGAGGCCUACUGCCUCCUGUGUGAGUGCAAGUACGAGGAGCGCAGCACCACCACCAUCAAGGUGAUCAUCAUCAUUUACUUGUCUGUGGUGGGAGCAUUGCUGCUGUACAUGGCUUUCCUUGUGCUGGUGGACCCUCUGAUCCGGAAGCCAGAUGCUUAUACCCAGCCCCUGCACAAUGAGGAGGAGAAUGAGGAUGCUCGCUCCUUGGCUGCAGCCCUCACCCCAUCUGGGGCCAGAGCCAACACGGUGCUGGAGAGGGUGGAGGGGGCCCAGCAGCGCUGGAAGCGCCAAGUGCAGGAGCAGAGGAAGACAGUUUUUGACCGCCACAAGAUGCUGAGCUAGAUCUUUGCUGAGCACCACUUCCCAAGAGCCAGGGCAGCUCUGCUGUUCGAGACGGACAGCAGGUCAUCCUCCAGGACCCUGUGGUGGUUGAAAGCUUUAACCCUCUCUGAUUUACCAUCUUCAUGGAGAGCAACAGACCAAAAUGGUUUUGUCCCUUCACCCCUCAGCCCAGAGGCUCCUGACCCCUUGCCUGGCUGAGGUCUGUGCUCAUCGUGGCUGCAUGUACAUGGUUGGAUGCAUAGGCUGACUCGAGCAGACACUGCAGCUCCAGUCUCCAUCAUCCCACCCCUGUGUUGGAGACAGAGGUCUCCAUACAGUGUUGGAACCCAGCUGAGUCUUCCUGGGAUAAAGACAGUGGGCUAAUUUUUAUGUGGGAUAAGUUAGUGGCGCUUCUCCAGGACAAAGAAGCCUCCUCCUCCUCUUCCAGUUUGCACCAAUGUUAACUGGGCGUCCUGGUGCUGAGAUGAGUGUGUUGUACUGGAAGGAAGAGGAGGGGGUUCCCUGCCCGGGGUCAGCUGCUUACCCUGGUGUAAACAGAGGGCAUUUCCACUCUCUUCAGUGGAGUGUGUCCAGAUUUACACCAGCAUAACUGAGACUGCAGCUUGCUUCUGCAUAGGAGGUGAUCACAGCACUGGUGAGUACCUUCACAAGUAAGAGACCAACAGGUAAAAGGUUGACUUACAUGUUUUUUUUUUCCUGCUUUAGCAAGGGAUAAAAACAUACUGGGGAGAAGGCUUUUCAUUGCACCCACACUGGUAACCCUUGAUGCUCUCACAGCAUGGUCAGGAGCACUCGUGUCCUGAGCAAAGUCUCUGCAGGAGCACUGUAAACACUCCUCUGGGUCUUGGGGCCCUGGGAAGGGAACACUUGUACUGCUCCAGGCACUCCCACGAGCUCUUGACUGGACCUGGGCUGUGUGGAGGAAACUGAAGUGAUUCUGCCGUGUGUAUAUUGGUCCCACUGAGAACAUUGACAAUGUCAGGAAGGUGCUGGAGAUCAUCAUGUAGCAUCUCUGUAUUAAAUGCAGACAAAACUCU